GGAAGUGGAGGGGGGGCAGUCGGGAGGAGCAGAAUGCUACAGUCACGCUAACUCCCUCGGAAGUGUUCGUUUAUCCUCGUAAUGCACGACUGAGGAUUACAGUGAACUACCUUUUAUUUGUCACAAGCGGAACUGGCGAUGGAGGGCUCCAAGUCGUCGAGCACCACCAUGCAGGUGAGCUUCGUGUGUCAGCGCUGCUGUCAGCCCCUGAAGCUGGACACGUCCUUCAACGUGCUCGACCGGGUCACUAUCCAGGAGCUGAUAGCUCCGUUGGUCACAGUGACUCCCAGCAAACAGGCUGACAGCAGCGAGGGGGAGACAGGUCCAGAGGAGACCUUUGUAGAAAACAAGCAAGAUGGAGUUUCGAGAAAAUAUAUCCCUCCCGCACGUAUGAUGUCCACCGAGAGUGCCAACAGCUUCACCUUGAUUGGAGAAGCAUCUGAUGGAGGCACGAUGGAGAAUCUCAGUCGUAGGCUAAAGGUGACAAGCGACCUGUUUGAUAUAAUGUCGGGUCAGACGGAUGUGGACCAUCCGCUGUGUGAAGAAUGCACUGACACUUUGCUGGAUCACCUGGACACACAGCUCAACAUCACAGAGAACGAAUGCCAGAAUUACAAGCAGUGUCUGGAGCUGCUGUCACACCUGCAGGUGGAGGAAGAGGAGACCCUGCUGUCGGAGCUGCAGCAGCUGGACGAGGAGGAGGAGGCCCUGGUGCAGGAGCUGGAGGCGGUGGAGGAGCAGAGGGCCAAUGUGGCCCAGGACCUGGCCCAGAGCAGGAUCCACUCUCAGCAACUGGACACAGAGGAGCUACAGUACCAGAAGGAGUACAGCGAGUUUAAACGGCAGCAGCUGGAGCUGGAUGAUGAGCUGAAGAGCGUCGACAACCAGAUGCGUUACUGCCAGAUUCAGCUGGAUCGGCUGAAAAAGACCAACGUCUUCAACGCCACAUUUCACAUUUGGCACAGUGGUCAGUUUGGUACCAUCAACAACUUCCGCCUGGGUCGACUCCCCAGCGUCCCAGUGGAGUGGAACGAGAUCAACGCAGCCUGGGGACAGACGGUGCUGCUGCUGCACGCGCUCGCCAACAAGAUGGGGCUGCGAUUUCAGAGAUAUCGUCUCGUUCCAUAUGGAAACCACUCAUACUUAGAAUCACUGGCAGACAAGUCCAAGGAACUCCCUCUGUACUGCUCAGGUGGCCUGAGGUUCUUCUGGGACAAUAAAUUUGACCAUGCCAUGGUGGCCUUCCUGGACUGUGUCCAGCAGUUCAAAGAGGAGGUGGAAAAGGGAGACACUGGCUUCUGUCUCCCAUACAGGAUGGAUGUGGAGAAGGGGAAGAUCGAGGACACAGGCGGCAGCGGUGGCUCCUACUCCAUCAAAACCCAGUUUAACUCGGAGGAGCAGUGGACGAAGGCGUUGAAGUUCAUGCUCACCAACCUGAAGUGGGGACUGGCCUGGGUCACCUCGCAGUUCUACAACAAAUGAACCUGCUGGACUGGAAUGCCUUGGGUUGUUGGGUUUUGCUUUUCCGUACACCCCCUGCUUCUGAUUAAUGGAUUACUUUUGGAUCUUAAAUGGAUUUUCGGCCAAAGAAAAAUAAAUGUUACUUCUUUUUAAUGAUAUUGAACACAAAGAAGUCUUCAGUCCAGAUUGUCAGUUUUUACACAUUGUUAAAUGAGGCCAUUUAAAUUUAUAUAUUCCACACUUCCCCAGACUAGAAUGUACUCAAGAAAAAAGUAUUUCCCAAAUUCUCACCACUUUUUCAACUUCAAGCUGUUGGUCUCCUGUUGCACUGCACAUAUUUGAAAUCACUAUUUUAUUCACUCUUUCAAGUGUUGUUUUUCUUUGUCUCAAUUAAUAUAAACUAUGAAGAGUUUGAUGUGAUCAUUAUGAUCAAGGAAAGAUUUUUUAAAUGAACACUGUUUAGUAUUUGACAGAAGUACAUCAGUAUUUGUUUAACCUCGACUGUCGUUAGCCACGUUUUCCAGUUACACACAUACUUGGCAGGUUAACUAUUGUAUUUAGAGGUGCACUGAUACGAGACCUGUGUUCUUACUCUGCACCGCCACCUGAACAUGUCUGUGUUCAAAAUGAUGGAUCAUUUCAAUGGCCUGAGCUAAUAAACAUAAGCUGUGGAAAAGAA